GCUGAGUUUCUGUGCGGGAGUUCUGUGUCUGUGACUGAAGACUGCAGCGAUGGAGCUGUCUGGCGCUCAUGAUGGACGAUCUCAGUCUGACCCUGUUCAAGCGUCUCAGGGUGAUGAUGAUUCGGGAUCGUUUGGGGUGAAAGUCCAGGUCCAGGGCAUAGCCGGCCGGCCGUACGUGGUCCUGAACGCUCAGGGGAGGUGCGCACCAUGUUCUCCGGAGUAUCCCGACGUCUUCCUCACCGACCAUCAGCGGCAGGAGUUUGUGUCCAAUAUGAGCGGCAGCGCUUCAAGCACUCAAACUCCUCGACCGGAUCAUUACAGAUCUCUGAGAGCCUUCAAGAACCCGUCGGCCCAGCUGCUGAACUACCAGAGGAAGCCUGAGAUCUUGAGAGCCUGCGAUCCCAGAAACCACCGCGGCUGGUGCAGCAGCCCUUCCUCGCCCGCGAUGGUGAAGAGAGCCAGGAUCCCCGUGCCGGGAGUCCAGGAGCCGUCGGUGGAGAGCGUCCCCUACCAGCCGUCUCAUAUCAUCUGCAGGAUGUCUGGAGCCGCCUCAGAGAUACACGACACCAGGACGGACCGCGCAGGAUCCCCUCGGACCGGCCGAGUCGCUCACCGCAGCAGAAUCGGACCCGAGGAGAAGAGGUGCUCCAGAAGUCUGGAGUCCAGAUCGGACGGGACAGGGAUUGGAACGGAAGUCGGCGGCUUCACGCAGACAGAUGUGUCAGAGGUCACAGGGGUCAGAGCCACAUCUGCAGGGCAGCAGGAGAGGUCAGAGGUCAAAGAAGAGAACGGAAGCGGACAGGCCACACCUGAUCUUCUGAAAGGGCAGCGAGAGCUUCCGGAUCAGCCCGAUGAGGAAACCGCUAAACUGGUGAUGGUUAACUACCUGAAAGAUGGGUCCUGUGAGGGUGAAGCCGUUAUCAGGCAGAAGGUGGAGCUGAUGUUUGACAAGAUCCACAUGCUGAAGUUCACAACGCUGGAGGAGUUUGAGUUUGCAGCUCCUCUGGAGGAGGUGAACGAUCUUAAAGACAGAAGGGCGGCGCUAGAGAGACACGUCAGUCACUUACAGCAGCAGCUGCAGGAAGCCCAGCAGAACAACGAGAGUUUGUCUGAGCAGAAAGAGGAGAGAAACACCGAGCUGAAGAGACUGCAGGAGACACUAGAGAGGAGCGAACAGGAGCAGAUCAUAGUCCGCCAUAAACUCACCGACAUGGAGAAAGAGCUGCAGACCUCACUGGACCACUACAGCUUUGACUUCCACGCUGCUGCUUCCUCAAAUCCAUUCCACUUGAGUGAGCUGAGCAGGUUGACUCGAGCUCACCGUGAGCUGAAGGAGAGGUUUGAGGAGGAGCGCCGUCAGACGGAGGAGCUGCAGAGGAGACGCAGUGAGUUAGAGGAGCUGAGGAGGAGCCAGGACCGAGUGUUAGAGCAGCUGCAGGAGGAGAUGAGCGCGGCGGUGAUGGGAUCGGAGCAGGAGACGCAGAAGCUGCAGGAGGAGCGGUGUGUGUUGGAGGAGAAACUCUCUCGCUGCGAGUUUGAUCUGAAUGAGGCGGAACUGAAAACUCAGCAGCUGCAGAAGAGAAUAAAAGAGUUGGAGGAGAAACAACAAACACAUGACGACAGACACAGCAAACUCAUGGAGGUGCGAGUGUGUGAGCUGGAGCGGAGUGUGUUAGACGAGCGCAGCAGCUCAGACGCGCUCAUGAAGAGACUGGAACGAGGACGAGAGCAGAUGGAGCAGGUGAGAGCUGAAGUGCUGCAGGAACGAGCCGCUCGACACGAGCUGGAAUGUGACAAGAUCCGUCUGGAGCGUCAGAAUAAGGAUCUGCGGGGCCGCGUGGCGCAGCUGGAGGGAUCUCAGCGCAUCGGUCAGGACGCCGUCAUCUCCAAACUGCAGCAGCACCUGCAGGAGCUGGAGGAGAGAUAA